AAGAAAAGGGCAAAGGACGGAAAGAGGGGGAAAUGACUGUCGACUGUGUGGGAAGAGAGCGGAAGAGAGGAGGGGCUUAAAAAGUAUGAACUUGUGUAUGAUUUAGCUGCAGGAAGCAUCGAGGAGGAGCAGAGCGCAGCCGGGACGCCGUAUGCUCAACUCGCUCAGCGUUUAACUCAAGGCUCCUCAAAAGGGGACUUUCUCCACUUUCUUCCAGUGCACUCCUUUCCUACUCCGGAGUAUUCAGCUUUUGAAGCCGUCCUGUUUUUUUUGUUGUUUUUUUACCUCCCCCCCCCACUCUUUCCACACUGUGCGUAAUUUCUAUCCAGGAUCGAGGGGGUGUGGAGGGGGGGAGAGAAAAAAGGCGACAUCACAACAACACGAGGACGAGGAACCAAGAAAGAGACCUCAAGGGAACUGUGGGUUGGCAGGAGGGUGGUGGUGGUGCUGGUGGUGGUGGUGGUGGUGGUAGGGGGGGGAUGAAAGUCGUCUUGGAUAUCUGCUUGGUUUUCCUCAUGCUGCACACUCCCGGCGUGCUGUCCUUGUCCACACAUGUAGCGGUAAUAUACCCCCAGGACCCCGUCCUUCGCAUGGGGUCCAACCUGACCGCCAGCUGCUGGGUCCACCCUGACCUCGGGGUCCACGCCGGCUCUCUGUUCUGGACGCUGAACGGUCGACAGCUGCCCAGCUCCCUGUACAGAGUGCUGAGCCCCUCCAACCUCAGCGUGACGCUGGCCGGACUCAACGCCUCCAGGCAGACGUCGGGCGACAACCUGGUCUGCCACAACCACAAGGGGCACAUCAUGGCCGGCUCCUGCCUCUACGUCGGCAUGCCUCCAGAGAAGCCGGUCAAUCUGACCUGCUGGUCCAGGAACACCAAAGACCUGACUUGCAGCUGGGCCCCUGGAGGAAAAGGAGAGACUAACAUCAGCACCCAGUACACCCUCAAGUACAAAUUCAGGUGGUAUGGCAAAGAGAAGGAGUGUGAGGAUUACACUCAUACGCAACCGUACUACUGCAGCAUCACGCAAGACCUGCACCUCUUCACGCCCUACGAGAUCUGGGUGGAGGCCUCCAACCAGCUUGGGCAGGCCAAGUCCGAUGUCAUCACUCUCGACAUCCUAGACGUGGUGACCACGGACCCUCCGUCGGGCGUGACUGUCGGUCGCGUGGGUCAGUUGGAGGACCAGCUGGGUGUUCGCUGGGAGGCUCCGCCCGCUCUCAAAGACUUCCUGUUCCAGGCCAAAUACCAGAUCCGCUACAGACUGGAGGACAGCCAAGACUGGAAGGUGAUGGAUGAUGUUGGGAAUCAGACAUCUUGUAGAUUGGCCGGACUGAGACCUGGAACGGUGUAUUUUGUGCAGGUUCGCUGUAACCCAGUAGGCAUCUACGGAUCUCGCAAAGCUGGGAUCUGGAGCGAGUGGAGCCACCCUACCGCCGCGUCCACGCCGCACAGCGAGCGACUGAUGUCGGGCUCCUGUGACUCAAAGUCCAGCGGGGAUUCCAACUCCACCCUUCGCAGGGAGCUGAAGCAGUUCUUUGGGUGGGUGCGGAAACACGCCUACGGCUGCAGCAGCAUUUCCAUGAAGCUGUACGACCAGUGGAGAGUGCUGAUGCAGAAAUCGCACAAAGCUCGCAACCAGGUAGGUUCUCCAAGGGGAUAAAUCCUAGCACACCGCUGCUUUUACAAGCAGAAAACCAGUGAGGGAGUGCGUUCUUUGUCUAUGUGUGUGUGUGUACGUGUGUGUGAGAAAGACAGAUUGUAUUCAUAUAUGGGGAUUAUAUGACAUUUUGCUGUGGAUAUUUUGUGCAAACACCAAGCGUGACCGCGAGAGGAAGGAAAGUGUGGGAUUUUUGUUGUCAUCAUCAGAAGCCUUUUUUUCCAGUCGGAAAAUGUGUAACUGAUCCUGCUUCCAUCAUAAGCAAGAGCCCAUGUGGGCUACUCCGCUUUCAGGCAUUAAGCUGUAGCAUCAAUAACUCAAAAGGGAUUCGAACAAACUAAAAGUGUUUCCCGAGCAUCUGAAAGUAUUGUCUGACCUUUUGUUGAGUUUUUCCUGUGGAUCCAAAGCACCACCUAGUGGCAGGUCAGCGUCCGCGGAUACUCGGAAGGAUCGUGUCCAUCGUUGUCCCCCUGAAGAGGAAGAAUAGUUACACAAUUAUCGUACAGUAAUUCUGAGUCAUGCUUUUUCAUUUGAGUGCCAAACUGGUUCAGCCAGCAGUUUCUGAGCGAUGUGUCUGAUGACGUGAUGGUGUUUGUGUAUGGAGACAUUUCACGGCCUUUAUUUUUGUACUGAAUUGUACCAGCAUAUUUAAAUCUGUAUAAAGUUAUGUUUUAUGUCUUAAGUUAUGUUUAGUUAGUAAAGAAAUAGCAAUGAGUUAAGUUGUCAUUGAUCUUUUUAUAUUGUUGUAUAGGCUGUAAUUAACACAUCACAGUAAGGAACAGAAUUUCUUUUUUUUCCCCAUCCCCAUCAAAAUAGGCAGAAUGCCUGCAAUACAUUGUGUGACUUGGAGUGACACUAUGAGUGGGAGACAAAAUGUCUGGCCACCUGCUUAUCGAAAGAUAUCGAAUUUUAGAAUACAAAAAAAAUGUCAUGAAUUCACCUUAAAAGAAAUUAUGUCUGUUAACAGAAUAUACAGUAUAUAUAUAUAGAAACUAUGAGAUACAUGAAUAAUUGCCUGUAAAAAUCAACCUCAAAUGAAGCCAAAUUAGCAUAUAUUUAAUUAUACUACAUUUGCAUAUUCAAAUAUUCCGUUUUAGAAAACACAUGAUACAAAAGAAUCA